CGCAGGGUCCUGAGUACCGCGUCGACCCCCUGACCUUUAGCAUCGCCAAGGCCCUGGUCUCCUUCCUCGUCUACGGACAGGGCGUGACCUUUUGGGGUCUGCUGCCCGAGACCUCCAUUGCGAGGCUGAACGGCGCCGUCUACGGCGGCUACCAGGGUAUGCUGACCGGCGCCGCCAUCACCGGCAUCGCCAGCUUCUACGAUGCCAUCCUCAAGAAAUAGGCCACUCGGCCGCGACUGACUGGCUGACUGGGAGAUGGAGUGGAAAAUGCAGCGAGCAUCGCUGGCCGUGAGGAAAAAGAUGUGUCUAUUUACGAGUUCGUCACGCUAUUCUUUUCUCGCUGGUUCUUGGGCGGAUGAACGCGGCCCCCCAGGACAGGGGGCUCAUGUCUGUGUGGCUUUGCGUCCUUGUUCAAAAGACGGGCGUUUGGGAGGCGUUCUUGACGGGUGUCGCGCGCAAAGGGGUUCGCGCGAAACGGUCCCCCUUCUUUUUUUUUUCGAUAUGGAUACCACAAGCUUUUUUGUAGUACAUGCCGUGCUGGAGGUUGGUUGCAGGAUUUUGGGUCACCUUAUUGUUAAUGCCUUGCUGGUGCUUUGCGCUGUCUGCUUGCUUGCUGGGUUGUUCGUUUCGUGGGAUUCUCUCACGUUGGGCGGUGGAAGGUCAAUGAGUGACGGACGACAGGAACAUAUAUCACUUGCUCUCUUGGUUCAACAGCAUGGUUCUGCUCGUGAUAUCUACAUUGAAAGCAACACGUACUAUGUAAAAUACGUCCACAUCCACACCAGCUCUGACGCGACGCGCUCUCAAGCUGAGCAUUCCACGCUGCGCCGCCCUCACAAGACACUCAUUUCACAUUCGGGAUUCAGUUGGAGCGCAUGUUCAUCUCAUAUCGUCAAUUAGAUUAUGUCUCAGAUGCUCUAUUCACGUUGUCACACAAUCAUGGUCGUCCCCAUUCAACACAGACAGUCUUUCUGUCUCCAUGUCGGACUCUCCUGCUCGUCCGUUCCUCCGCGUCGACUGACCCGUCGCCAACAUGAUAUGUAGUUUAAAAAAAAGGUAAAAAAAAAAAGAAGAAAUUUGUCGAAUGUGUAGAUGCAGUACCGCCCACCAAGCAAGCUAUGCCCAUCCCCGAGCAGAGACGAAGGAAGCAAGGGGAUUUGUAAAUGAAAAGUAAAAUC